AUGGUGCCACAAGAGCUGUGUCUGGGUACUGAUGCCCACUAUAGCAGUGGAUGAGUUGCUGAAUAUUCUGGGGCACGUGGAAAUCAGUCAUCAUGCACAAUACAACCUCAUUCCUGUGACUCGCACAGUUCCUGGUGCCUCAGGGCUCACAUCCGCAUUGCCUGGGAACAGUGUGCUGAGAUGGCAGAGGCUGGCACGGUGCCAUCAUACAGCUCUCCUAUCUGUGGGACAGGACGGGCGAGCAGAAUCUUAUUGGUCAAUAUCCCGGACUAGCGGCGAGAGAGAAAGAUGGCGGAUGCUGCAAAACUAGACCCAGAGUCUGAGUGCCCCGUGUGUUGGAACCCGUACAAUAACACAUUCCGUACGCCCAAACUCUUGAAGUGCCACCACUCCUUCUGCAUGGAAUGCCUGGCCCGGCUGAGCUUCAUGACCCAGAUCAGGAACCGGCUGCAGUGCCCUCUGUGCCGCGAUACUACGGUUCUCCUUUUAGACCAGGUAAUCACUGACCUUCCCACCAACACGGCCAUCCUUGGCCAACUCAAGCUAGAGCCGCAGAAUCGCGCGCUCUGUGCCACAGACAGCCGGAGACUCAACUUCUUCCAGCGCCCGCCCUCGGUGUAUACACUCAGCGUCGGCCAAGAUUCGGGAUCUUUAUAUGGCACUCACCAGACUCGAGUCCAGUCCCCGAUAACCACUAUUCCUUCUGACGACUCCACCUUCCAGUGUUUACGGAACCCCCAGUUCCGCAUGUUCUCCUACCUGAUGAUAACAAUGCUUAUUGUAAGCAUGCUCCUUAUAUUCUCCAUCUUUUGGACUCGGAAGUUACUGUGGGGCCCAGGAUGAUUAUAACGGAGAACUAGUGCACAGAAUAUAUAUAUAUAUAUAUAUAUAUAUAUAUAUAUAUAUAUAUGACGUAUUGGCCAUCUGAAGACCUUGAGGAAAAGAGAGACUGUACGAUGCGUAUUAUAGCACACCAGCUGAUAAAGGAGGUUGUAGCAUGGACCAAAGGAUAAGUGUAGGUAUCCAAAUAAAAUCAUUCUUUUGUAA